CAGUCAACUGAAAAACGUCAGUUGGACGGACGAGUGAAUUUUGCAUAACAUACAAAAACAAUAGUUUUUCUGAUAUCCGUAAUUAUAAUUUAGUACUUAGCAGUAAUUUAAACACCCAUCGUGAAAUAGUAAUCAGUUACUAUAUUCGUGCGCAUAAAUCCUAUUUAUAACUAAGUGACAUCGCUAGAUUAGUCGUGUAAAGUAUUUAAGUUUCCAUCGAUUUCUGUAAUGUGAUAUUUUUAUAAUAGUGCGUACUAUCGCAAUAUGAAUCUACUCGGUUAUUUGAGUUUCUUAUGUUACCUGGUGGUAAUAUGCCGCGCUUCAGGCACCGAUAUCGCCUUGGAUGCGAAGGCUACUCUGCUUCACCGUAUAGAUAGCUUGAACUUGCUGAUUUAUACAUGUCUUUUGACUCUGACGGUGCUCACUAUAUGGGUGUUUAAGCAUCGCCGAGUAAGCUGGUUGCACGAGACGGGGCUGGCCGUAAUAUACGGUCUAAUUGUAGGCGCUAUAAUACGCUAUGCGGGCAGUACCAAUGCCGUUACAUACCUUGAUGCCCACCCUGAGCCUGAUGCCAAGUACAAUCUGUCUGUGCCACCAGACAUGAUACGAUUUCACUUUCCAGACACUAUCCAUGUACCAUCUGGAGAUGUUCCAAUACUAAAUAAGACUUAUGCAUAUAGCUUUAGAGGUGAAAUCGUAAAUGUUGAACAAAAUGAAAUAGACUUGAAGGCAACAUUUGACCCAGAAAUCUUUUUCAACAUUAUUUUACCACCAAUAAUAUUCCAUGCAGGAUAUUGUUUAAAAAGGAAAUAUUUCUUCCGAAACUUGGGGGCCAUACUGACAUUUGCUAUGGUGGGCACAGCCCUGUCAGCACUAGUCAUUGGUUCGCUAAUGUACGGCUGUGUUCAGCUGAUGCCAGCGUCCCUAGCUUCUAGCUUUACUUUUCUUGACACCCUAUACUUUGGCGCAUUGAUCUCUCCUACGGACCCACUGACGGUGCUAGCUAUAUUUUCACAAUUGAAGGUGGAUGUAAACCUUUAUGCUAUGAUAUUUGGUGAGAGUGUUCUCAAUGAUGCAGUGGCUUUAGUACUUAGCGGAGCCAUUCAAAAUUACGAGAAGAGGUACUCAAAUGAUGGUGGAUUUGAAAUCACAGCAUUUUUGGGUGCGAUCGGCGACUUCAUUGGGAUCUUCACCUUGUCUCUACUUGUCGGUGCUUUCAUAGGCUGCUUGACAGCAUUGAUGACUAAGUUCACCCACGUGCGAGAGUGGCCGCUGCUGGAGUCCGCGCUUUUUGUUCUCAUGUCCUACGCCGCCUUCCUCAUCGCUGAAGUAUGCGAACUCACAGGUGUGGUGGCGGUAUUAUUCUGCGGCAUCUGCCAAGCGCACUACACGUACAACAACCUGUCGUCGGACUCGCGCAACCGCACCAAGCAGCUGUUCGAGCUGCUCAACUUCCUCGCGGAAAACUUCAUCUUCACCUACAUCGGCGUCUCCAUGUUCACCUUCCCGAAGCACCACUUCGACCCGUGGUUCAUUAUCGCGGGAUUUAUAACAUCGACACUGGGCCGCGCCGUGAACAUUUACCCUUUGUCCUUCUUGCUGAAUCUGGGCAGAAAGCCGCCCAUACCCAUGAACUUUCAACACAUGCUGUUCUUCUCAGGCCUCCGCGGCGCGAUGUCAUUCGCCCUCGCGAUCCGCAACACAGUGUCGGAGGCUCGCCAAGCCAUGCUGACGACUACGUCUCUCAUCGUCAUCGCUACUGUAGUGCUGCAGGGCGGCGCCGCCACGCACGCGCUCGCCUACCUCAGGAUACCUACUGGAGAAGGCCAGAAUGACGAAAACGAAGCGCUGCCGUACCGCGACGUUAGAACUCUGUACCAGGCCACGGAAACCGGAGGCUCGCCGGCGGACAUAGGCUUCGGCCUUCGAAAUCUGGACCCGACGCAACCGGCCAGUAGCGACCGGGCAUCAGAGACGUCUCGCGCCGACGGUGGCAGCGAAAAGGCGCGUCUAGCGAAGCUGUGGGGCGCGGUGGACUCACGGCUGCUCAAACCGCUCCUGACCCACGCUCGCCCGCCGCUGACUGAGACAUUACCGACGUUCAUGAGCCCUGUGGCGAGUUGGCUCACAACCACACACCAGUACACGCAGGGGUGUCUGUACAAUUACAAAUUUGUUGUACCCGAAGAGGAUUCUGGUUUGGCUCGAAACCAGGACAGUUCCUUGCGUCGGGCUGACUCCGACUCCGACUUGUGUAUUGAUGAACCGCAACCCGUACCUACCAGUAUUGAUCCCCAGCAAAUGUGGCCCGGACUCGUCGACACCCGGAUCUCGGUAGAAGGUAUCACGGGGAGCAACAUCUGAGCAGGUUGAUUAUGUACAAGAAUGUAAAUGAGUGCCACAAGUGUAAUUAAUGUGAUAUCACUUUCAAGUUCAGAUACAUUUUACUAUUCGAAAAUUUUUGCAUGUAUGAACCAAAAUAUGUAUCAAACUGCUUAUAUUUGCUUAGUGUAAAUUGUAGUUUUCUAUUCUAAAUUUAUACAAUUUCGAUAAGCAUAACAGAACUGAAGCCAUGUAUCGAAAAAUGAGUACCAAACGAUCGCUGCAAAAAUGCAAAAAUGAACCUCUGCUAUGUUUGAUUAUCGACCUUGCUUUCGUUAGCCAACUGCUGUGUCGUUUCCGUUAGAUACGUAGGAUUUUCUUGCAGGGUGCAAUUUUAUAGUUAGUUCAAAUUUUAAUUACCUAUAUAUCGCCAGUAUCUCGUAAUGUUUGUCUUUCCUUCUGGCACUAUUUCCUAGUUUAUUAGCAUGUAUUUAUUGUCCAGUGACUGAUAUGAUUCUUUGGUCCAUACAACUGGGCGUUAUGGAAUAAACCAUUCAAUAUUUUGCCCGGAUCAGACAAGCUAUCAGAGGUCCCAUGUAAUACCAGGAUUUUGGGGUUCGUGUAGAUUCAAAUUUCAGUCAGAUCAGAGAUGUAUAUCCUACACGGGUAUUCUACACGAAAGAGUAGGACCGUGCUAUAGAUAGAAGAAUAGAUUUAUCAAGUCAACAACUGUCUGACUAAUAUUUUAAAUUUACUUGCAAUGUUUUUUUGUACACCUCUAUGUAAUGAUAAAAUCUUGUCUGAUCCGGAUAUUUGGUUUGAGUGACUUGUUUCCUUGACCUUAAGACAAAACAGAUCUAAUGAAUACAGGUUUAUUUUUAGAGUAAGAUGUGUGAGGUAGGUACUACGUAUGUAUUUAUGAUCCUUAAAAUAAAUAUUUUAUUUUUGUUAUUGGUUUAAGGACAUAGUUUUUGACCAUUAAUGGAACAAUUUCCUGUAUUUUUCGAUUCUCCUAGCGAUUCACGUAACUAUGAUGUAAAUAAUUUAUACUUUAAAAACUUCUUGUUAAGGUUUGAAAAACCAUUUUUAAAUAUAUAAUUUAUUCUUUAUAUACACUUUAAAUACUGUGUUUUGCUUCCCAAUGUUUGCUUGCUAGUGUGCAUUUCGGUUAUUAGGUCUUAAAAAAUACUUUCUCGUAGUUAAGGCAUUUAAAGCUGUCUGUAAAUUAUGAAUGUCAUAAUAUUAUGCAAAUGCUAGUUUACCCAGUUGCACAAACAAUCGUAUAAUCAACUCUUUUCAUUUUGUGUCACAUAUUGACAGCAAGUGUAGUUUUUGCAACUUGGUAAAUGGACAAAUUAUUAUUAUUUAUUAUGUUCCCCAGUGUUAAACCCACCAAAUGAGGUUGAAAAUGCAAAGCUCAACACAGAUUGUGCUGUUAUUGAAUAGGACCUAACUAACAGCUUCCUUGGAUUCAAAUGUAAGGAUAGAAAUUUAAAAAACUAAUUUGUUGUGUAUGGAGGUAAGAAGGUAGUAUAUGCACAUACCACACACUCUCUGUAGUGAGCUAUUAUUAGGUUUUGACCCCAUUGUUUCUUUAUCAUAUUAAAACUUAUGUAAAAUCAACCCUAUCACUGUCACAUAUUUGUGACAGUAUAAAAUGAACCUUAAUGCAUUAUAUGUCAGCUAAAGGGUAUGAAGGUAUUUCACUCCUUUAACAUAUUUAUAGGUGUAAUAAAAUGUGACAUGA